AUGAUAAACUGAACUGAAAAAUGAGAAGUGUGGUCUCUGGUUUGCCUUCUGCUGUUUGCUGCCUGCUUUGCUUAUAAGUUUUGGUUUCUAUUUCAAGGAAAUAAAACUUUGAACAGCGUUGCUGUGUAAUAAAAUGAAACAGGAAAAAACUACCGCUUCAGCGGAUAAUACCAAUGCCGUGAGUAGCUCGCGACCAAUGCCACAGAUUGACUCCAGUCCAAUCAGGAAGUACACCGAUGAUGGUCAAAAGCUCAUGUUAAACGCAAUGAAGGCCGCCUUAGCGCUUCCAGCGGGUAAAUCGAGAGAUCUGUAUUCGACUCAUCCGGCUUUCGUACGAAUCAUGGAUCGACAGGCCGACCGAAUAUUGCACUCAAUUUCGGACGUAUUGAAAAUGCACGGAAUCAAAGGUAACAUUUUGAUGCGUGACUGUGAAGAAAAAUUCGAACUAAUGCAGGAGUUUAACGAUUCAAUUCUGGAGCGGAUAAACUCUAACUUAGAUGAACUAGCAGGAAUCAAGAAAAAACACGAAACCGUCUUGGUACAAAGUGAGAUUCAGUUGCCAGCAGAACCACGGCAUCGUGUGAGCGGCUCGUGGAACAAUGCUAACAGUGGUAGUAACAAAACUGCUCCAGCUUCGGCUGUAAAAGCUACAUUGAUAACCGCAACCAACAUUGCUAGACCACAGGUUAACUUUAAAGUCCCAGUUGAUAAUGCGGCGUUGAAUCCAUUUGUCCCGAAAAUAAACGACAAACCAAACUCCUUGAAACCACUGGCUGUAUUGCCAGAAUAUGAUGAAGCAGGUAACGUGAUCAGCUAUCUGCAUCCAUACGAGUUUGAACUGGACCGAUUCGAACCUGCCAAAGAAACGUUCAAAUUUAUCAAGCCGGAAAAACCCAAGUUACUAGAGGAUACACCACUGGAUAUCAUUGACAAAAGUGAGCAGGUACCAGUGCUUCUGAAAGAACUGAAACAAAGUAAGCAGUUGGCCAUCGAUCUGGAACAUCACUCCUAUCGAACUUACCAGGGGUUUACAUGUCUGAUGCAAAUAUCCACUCGCAAGAAGGAUUACAUUGUCGAUACGUUGGCACUUCGAGAGGAUUUGCAGGUGCUGAAUGAAGUGUUUACAGACCGGAAAGUGCUCAAAGUACUACACGGAGCCAUUAGUGAUAUUGAAUGGCUGCAGCGGGAUCUUGGACUGUACAUUGUUGAUAUGUUUGAUACGGCAGAAGCCGCUAAGGUUUUGGAAUUUUCACGAAUAGGAUUGCAGUUUUUACUGAAGCAUUACUGCAAUAUCGAAACGGAUAAAGCUUACCAAUUAGCCGAUUGGCGCAUUAGACCGCUCCCGGAGAAUUUUAUUCAUUAUGCCAGAAAGGAUACCCACUAUCUGUUGUACAUUUACGACUGUAUGCACAACGAACUAAUCGAAAAAGGGGCCAGUUUUUUGCAGACCGUGUAUAAUAAAUCGACCUUUCUGUGUAAACAGCGUUACGUGAAGCCAAUUAUAAACGAAGACACUAUUAUGAACGUCUAUCGCCGCUCAAAGUAUGUAUUCGAUCAACGUCAAAUGUACGCAUUCCGAGAGAUUUCAUACUGGCGUGACCGGACGGCCCGCGUGGAAGAUGAAUCUCCGGGAUACGUAUUGCCGUGGCACAUGGCGCUGGAUAUCGCUUCAAAAUUACCCCGUGAAAUGCAGGGUAUAAUCGCAUGUUGCACCCCGGUGCCAUCGUUGGUUAGGCAGCAUCUGCACACGCUGCACCAGAUAAUACUGAAAGCCCGGGAAAUUCCUCUGAACAAAUCCAUCCCGCAGGGGAUCGAACAGCAGAAGGAUACUCGCCACAAGAUGCAGUCCACGUUCGAUAUCAGUAAUCCACUGUUUUGUCCACAUGAUAACAGCCAGAUUGCUCAUACGGAAACCAACCUGCCAACGCUGCUGGAUUCGAAAGUGAAGGUGUUAUGCGAGAAGUUGGCAGGAAAAUUGUUAAAGCCUCAACCAGACGCUGGAGUCUUUGCCGAAGCGAAAACGAGAACGCUUGACGACAAAGGAAGAUUGAUUGUAGAUAAUGAAACCAUGAAUGAUGAUAAAAUUGUAAAAUUUAUUGAACUGCACUAUCAGAAAAAGCCUGAGGACAGUAAUCAAAAUAUAACUGAAAUACAAUCUCUGUCAUACCUGGAUCGUAAGUUCAACACUCCCUACGAACGGCACAUCGAGGCAUGCCGCGACCGUCAACAGAAUAAGGAACCGGAACCCAUUUCGCAAAAAUCUCUAGCUCCCAUCAAAAAGGAACCCGAACUGGAACAGAUUGAAGAGCCUGUUGUUAUCAAAAAAGAAUCUAAGCCACAGAAAACCAGAGCUGUGCCGUUAAAAGUGUUGAAACGACGGGAGCAGUGUGAAGCAAAACGGAAACGGGCAGAGACAGUAGAAGCUGAGGACAAAAUCAAUUUCAACAGCUGUGAGCCACCGAUGAAAAAGGAAAAGACCACUCAAAGACAGUCCAAGGGUGAAUAUCCGAUGCAAAUCAACCCACGAGCAGAGAAAUCCAGUGAUGACGACCAGGAAGAAAACGACGUUGCAAACCGCAGUCAAAAUGAAACCAACGCGAGCUUCGGACCGGGAGGAAAGAAGGGAAAAAACAGAAAAAAGAAGUUCAACAAACAGCAAGCCGGCCGACGGAAUUCUACCGCGAGACAGAACUCAAACAAACCGAUUGAGUUCGAUUGUACAAAGAUUGACUAUUCUCGCUUCCAAGGUGGUUCGAAGCCCCUGCAGCAGCAUCGCAAGGGAAAACACGGCAAGUUUGCACGCGGGCUGCCCGGAUCGACCGAGGAGUCUGGUCCGCAGGGUGAAGGGUCCAGUAGUUCUUCAGGUUUCCGUAAAAACCUUCACCCCAACAGUAGAUUAGCCAAAGGCGUCAAAAAAACACAGCAAAUGUUUAAUUUCAGUAGCAAUGUUUUGAAAAAGAAGUAAUUUUUUGUAUCCAGCUGCUUUGUA